UAGAGGUCUGUAAGCUGUAGCACGCACACUGCUGCGUUAACCGGCCUGGCUCUCUUGCUACACUGUAGUGUCAUUUACAUGAUACAGGUAGACGGCGUGUCUGUCCUACGCUGCUACAGGUUAAAGUGUUGAGACUCGACGAAUGGCUGGAGCAAUAUGAGACAUGGCCGAGAGCGGCGUAAUCGUAUCUUAUGAGUUUCAUCAGCAUGUAUAUCCGUGUAGUACGUUGUGUGUGGUCCUAAUAAAAUUCCUUCGUCGAGGAGACUAGGAGCAUUGUGAAAGACAGCAAGUGACGUUAAUGAAAUGGAUUCCUUGAGGAUUACUUAAAGUCGUUUAGAUUGGAUAUUCAGAAACAUUCUAUACCGAGAACUGUUCUAAUAUUAUCCUGCUUCUGUUGAUUCGACAAGCGUCUGUAGUUGAACUACCAGUAUGUCUGUGUACGAUACACUAUCAUGAGCGCGUAUUCGGUUGACGUGUACGCCCCGCGGUGGCGGAAAAUUCAUGGUAAACACGUUUGCGACAUCACAUGUGAUCGUGCAGCUAAAAUCGACGCGGGUUGUAGUGACGUGGUAAGCGUCGGCCGCAGUAGUCGGACCGACCUUUCAAGUAGGGACGUUGCACCCAGUACACGUGACGACCUUUGCGAUGAUGCUCUCAAACAUGAAGACACUAUCUGGCUGUGCGUGUUGCUUGUCAAACAUCCGCGUGCAAGCUUUGCUGUACUUUUGGCAAUCCACAUAGCCUGGAUUCUACUUACGAUCGUGCUGCAUCUAUCCGGCUACAGCAUCCUACCGGUCGAGUUUAACAAAGCCCCGCUUGAUGUAAUGACAUCAAAGGAGUAUCUCCGCGAGCAGGCGUGGAAGUACCGCCACCAGGGACUCGGUGAGGACAUUCCUGUAGGAAGGCUGGAUGUCAUACUAAACGAUGGCCGCUCGACACAACUUCUUUUCGACGUACCAGAAGGAGCGAACAUUUUUACGCCGACACAUCUGCGGAGCAUCAGGGCAGUAGAGGAAGAAAUCUUGUCGGCCAAGGACUAUAAUCUAUUCUGCGUCAUGGACUCAACUGCUACGAAAUGUGCAAGGCCUAAGUCUAUCAUUCGGUUUUUUGACGGCACCUAUUCCAAUGUGGAUCCCAUUUUUAACGAUCCGGAAUUUAGCCAAGUCAGCAAAGUUCUCGAAACGGCCCAUAGACUGCUACCUGAAUUACUUGUAUUCCAUAUUGGUGCUGAUAGCGGGAAUUUUACAAACACGGGUGUAAUUAAGUCGCAUAUCACAAGAACGUUGAUGUUGCAUUUUGAAAAUGGACGUGGGCAAGGAGCGCUGCAGGAAUAUCUGGAGAAUCACCUUGGUCCUAAGCUAAUGAAGACACGUGCGGACGGAAUCAACGACAUGACUUUCUAUUACUUUAAUUCCUACCUCUACGUGGAAACUGUACGGGCGCUAGUUACCGCAGACCUAGCACUAGCUGUCGGCAGCUUUUUCUUCAUUUUGUUCUUCAUUUGGUUUCAGACCCGCUCGGCAUUCAUAACUGGUAUGGCAACAUUCAGCAUCAUUGCAAACUUCUUCGCAACAAAUAUGAUCUACAGAAUUCUACUGGACUACAGAUUAUUUGGUGUCUUUCACGUCCUCUCCAUUUUCAUAAUCCUAGGAAUUGGCGCCGAUGAUAUCUUUGUGUUUUACGAUACGUGGAGAGCGUCGUCUCGGGAGAAAUACUUGUCGCUGGAGCACCGUCUGUCCGCCUGUUAUCGCAAGGCCGCCAAGUCAAUGCUGAUCACGUCUGCCACCACGGCGCUGGCGUUCGUCGCAAGCGCAUCAUCGCCGCUUCUUGGUCUCCACAGCUUUGGUUUAUUCUCAGCUAUAUUGGUCAUGGUCAAUUAUCUGUCAGUCAUCACAUUUUUCCCUGCCGUGAUAUUGGAGUACCACCUCAGAUGGCAGACCUGUCACCCGAGCUGUUGUGGAGGGCGCCACGCCGAAGCCAUCGUCCCUUCUGUCGGCAACGAGAAUGUACCGCCUGAUAAUUCGCAGACGAUUCCGAAUCCAGUAAUUCGGUUUCUGGCCGGAUGGUACGCCACGGUUUUUCGGAAUCGGAUAUUUUGCACAGUGGUGCUGCUUGUAUUUGCCGCACAAGUGGCUGGUUCGGCGUAUUACGCAUUUCAAAUGGAACCAGAAUCAGGACCGGUAAGGUUUCUAAAAUCAAAUAACAUCAAUCAAAAGGGUAUGGAUCUCAGCCAAGAUGCAUUUCUAGCUACAGCUGAAGACGAUGUUAUAGAAGUAUAUUUAGUCUGGGGACUAAAAUUGCCGGAUAUGAGCGGGUGUCAUAAGACAGAUUUCGAAUGUGAGGGAGUUAUCGGGUAUGAUAGGACAUUUACUCUAAAUCCCCCAGCGACUCAACAAGCGUUAUUGCGAUUGUGUAGAAAACUACGCAGCGAUCUAACGUCGGAGGAAGCGGAAAUGCUCAGGAUACCCCGUCACCCUGUGUCAGGAGAAGCGGAAGUCUCUUGCUUCAUCGAGGACAUGGCAGCAUUCUAUGAGAAUUCUCAGCAAUCGUCGAAUAUCACUGAUGGCGUCACCUUUCCUGUGUCAGCGGCGAGCGCUAAAAACCUGGCAAUGGCUCAUCCUGAGAUCUACGGAGCUGGCGGCUUGCUCGACAACUUCUACCGCUAUUUCGAGUUGCCCAUGGAAUACUGGCUUACGAACGGUUACGCUCAGUGGUUUGGAGGAAAAGACAGGGGCAAGGCAAUGCGCGAUUAUGGGAACGUGCUUGUAAAGCAACCGACCCGUACAAUACCAAUUACACUGUCCUCAAAUUUGGCUGAGAUGCCGGCAACUAGCUGGAGGGUUUCAGUUCAGCGCCACGUGUCAAUAGCACCACUGGUUCGGCAGAAGGCUCUGGUCGACUCGGCACUCACAGGCAUAAUAAUAGGAUUGAGCUUCGCGGCUCUUUUUCUUAUACUGGGAACGCAGAAUAUUAUCGUUGGUCUGCUAGCAACGCUCUGCAUUGUCGCCGUUACGGUCACGGUCGUGUCCACGAUCCCGAUAGCAGGAUGGAAGGUGGGGGUUCAGGAGUCGAUCAACUUGUGUCUCAUCGUCGGUCUGGCUGUCGACUACAUCGUGCACCUGGCUGAGGCGUAUCACGUGGCGCCCUCACCGGACCGCUGCGACCGCGUGCGCUACAUGCUCAAGACGAUGGGCAGCUCGGUGCUGUCGGGCGCCUGUACGACACUCGGCUCGUCCGUAUUCAUGCUGUUCGGGCAGAUUAACUUCUUCAUGCAGUUUGGCAUGUUCGUGUUUGCUACGAUCUUCUUCUCGAUCUUGUACGCGAUGGUCUGCUUCACGGCGCUCCUCUCUCUGUUCGGUCCGCAAGGAGAAUUUGGCUCCACAGCAUCGGUGAUUAAAUUGUUAAAGAAGCCGUUUGUUGGGGUGAACAAUCGCAAGGUCGAUUGCGUUUUUUGCCAUGGUAAAGGUUACUUGAAACCGAUCGGUGCGAUUUCGUCCCAAGCAAGUCGUUCAUCGGAGGGAUUAGAAAACAAUGGUUAUAUAAAGGAUGGUAAGGAUCGAGACUCGUGGCCCCACGAAAAUAACAACGCCCUUCAGCAGUACAUUAAGCCUUAUAAUGUCGGACUUCGUUAGGGAGCUAGUGACAAGUGCGGUAGAAUUCAAUGUCAACGUCUAUGCGAACUCUGCGGGCGUUCGAGCGCUCGUGUGAGCGUGCGUGCGCGCGUGCGUGCGUUCGUAUGUAUCACACCAGUCCUCUUAUUGUGGUUAUUAUUAAAACAUUCAUAACUGCUAGCAGUUAAAGGGAUUUAUCACUUCGUUAAAUCAUAUACUUUGUUUAUGCUCCAAUGCUUCAAAAAGCACUUGCUGGCUAUUAACCCACAGCCCAGCGGGUGAAGUGAGCCUUUAUAGUUAUAGUUAUUCCUCGUAGGUGCCUAGAUGGCACAUAAUUGAGAUCUCCGACAUCGUCUGUCCGCUGCUACUGGCCUCAGCGUGUCCCGUGACAAGUCACACAUCCGCAUCUCCUUCUCGAUGGUCCUUCUCCAGGUCUCCUUUGGUCUUCCCCUUCUUCUCCUCCCGUCUGACGUCCAUCUAAGUGCCGUUGUCGUUAUGGCACCUACUUCCAUCUAAGUGCCGUUGUCGUUAUGGCACCUACUUCCAUCUAAGUGCCGUUGUCGUUAUGGCACCUACUGGCUUUCCAUCGGG